CUUUGUACUCCAGAUUGCAAGAAUGUUAAUUAAACCAACUUCAAAGAGGACACGUCUUGUUUUUUGGAACAAAGUUUGGCUAGCUGUCUAGCUGAAAGCUACGUCACGUUUCAGCGAGGACAGUAAAGUAAAAAGGUGAAGAAAAUCGGGAGCUCAACUAAAAGAAAAUGGAAGACCAAAGGGAUGCGGCUAAGUCAGGAAAAGCAUCAAAAACCACAAAAAGCUCUCGCUCCUCCGCAUCCAGUGCAGCUAUUCGAGCACGUGCUCAAGCAGAAGCAGCAAAGGCAAGGGCUUUAUUUUCUGAAAAGGAAGCGAAGCUUAAAGUAGAAAGUGCAGCAAAAGAAGCAGAGCUACAGCUAAGCAAAGCAAAGUUAGAAGCAGAGUUAAAGGCGCUGGAAUUCCAAAGAGAGGCUGCUGCAGCCAUUGCACAAGCAGAAGCAUUAGAAGCAGCUGAGGAACUUGAAUCAGAAAAAUCAGAUUCAGUUACUCAAGAAAAAUUGCAAAAGGACAUUCAGUUAAGAACAAAAGAAUAUGUUAAAAAACAAGUUCAACUACAGUCACAAGAAAGCCGCACCCCCGCAGCCCCACAAUCCAGAAGACCUAGUGUGGAAGAAAGUUUCAUUACAUGGCAUGCUCAGGAUGUGAAGGCACAAGAAAUUGUUCCUUUCACCAACUAAAAAGAUCACAAAAACAGCAGCUACGAGAAAAUAAGAUGUCAGACAAAGCCAAAGACAACUCACUACUUCGAUGGUCUGCCACUAAACCCUGCAGCACCAUCAUAUGACCCACAAGGUAUCACCACUCCUCCCAGCAUAACAUCAGAAACUGGAAACCUGGCUCGUUAUUUGGCCCGCCGCGACUUGGUGAGUACAAGUCUUUACCAGUUUGACGACAGACCUGAAAGUUACAGAGCAUGGCGGUCCUCAUUCAACAAUGCUACUGCAGAUAUAGGACUCACAGCCACUGAAAUGUUGGAUCUGCUUAUUAAGUGGCUUGGGACUGAAUCUGUGAAACAUGUUAAAAGAAUCAGGUCUGUGCAUGCUGGAAAUCCCUGUGUAGCUCUGGAAAAGACCUGGGCACGCCUCCAGGAGUGCUACGCCGCACCUAAAGUUGCAGAAAAAGCUUUGUUUAAAAGACUUGAGGAUUUCCCAAAAAUAACUGCUAAAGAAUACUCCAAGUUAAGGGACUUGGGUGAUCUUCUUAUGGAGGUUCAAGGUGCUAAGGAAGAGGGUUACUUAACAGGACUCGCAUACAUAUUGGCCCCAUACUAGAAAAAACUUCCUUAUGGGAUUCAGGAAAGAUGGCUCACUUUCGGCUCAAAAUUGAAGGAAGAAAACUAUGGACAGUUCCCCCCAUUUGACUAUUUCACAAGUUUCAUCUGUGAUGAAGCACGCAGAAGGAAUGACCCGAGUUUCAUAUUUUCACGCAGCUAUGAAAAAGUGCAUGAAGCGCCCACUAGGAGUUUUGGGAACAGAAUAUCAGUUCACAAAACUUACGUUUCAGCAGGAGUGAAACCAUCAACAAAUCUGCCUGCAAAAAAUCACGAAGCACUGGAGAAAAACUGCCCCAUCCAUAACAACUCACACCCAAUAAAAAAAUGUAGAGCAUUCAGAGCUAAAAGUAUCAUAGAAAGGAAAACAAUUCUCAAAGAAAAUGGGAUCUGUUUUAAAUGCUGUACCUCAACCAGUCAUCUUGCGAAGGACUGCAAAAUCCCGGUAAAGUGCUCAGAGUGUGACAGUGACCGCCAUGACACCGCAAUGCAUGCCAGCACGCUGCUCCAGGUCUUCACGAGGCCUGCUCCCCCAAUAAACAACGGCGGGGAGGAGGAGCAAACUGUCACCAAUGCAACUGUAAGUUCACAGUGCACUCAAGUUUGUGGACCAGGACAAACAAGCAGAUCCUGCUCUAAGAUUUGUCUGGUCCGAGUUUAUCAACGAGGUCAGCGGGAAAAGGCAGCCAAUAUGUAUGUGAUUCUGGACGACCAAAGUAAUCGUUCACUGGUCCGCUCAGACUUUUUUGAACUGUUUAAAUUCGAAAGCCAGUUGUUCCCAUACAGAUUGAAAACGUGUGCUGGGCCAUUGGAAACUUCCGGACGCAAAGCAGAAGGUUUCCAGAUUGAAUCUCUUGAUGGAAAAGUAGUCCUCCCACUACCGUCACUCAUCGAGUGCAAUAAGAUACUGAAUGACCGCUCAGAAAUCCCCACGCCAGAUGCAGCCCGCUGUCACCCACACCUGAAAAAGUUAUCACAGUUCAUACCAGAGCUUGACCCCAAAGCAGAAAUCCUGAUCUUAUUGGGAAGGGACAUUUUGAGAGUUCACAAAGUCCGCCAGCAAGUAAAUGGGCCCCACAAUGCUCCUUUCGCCCAGAGACUGGAUCUAGGAUGGGUCCUGAUUGGAGAUGUUUGUCUCGGAAACUCGCAUAAACCAACCAUAAGCACAUACAGAACCAAUGUGUUGGAAAACGGACGCCCGUCUAUAUGUACCCCCUGCAACAGUUCCAUCAGGCUGAUUGAAAAUACCUGCCAAAGCGGGGAGGAAUGGAGGAAACUCAACAGUGCAUCAGUUGCGACUUUAGGAAAGAGCGUUUUCAAUGAAACAGCUUCGGACAACAAACCCGGCCCAUCCAUAGAAGAUACGGUCUUCUUGCAGUUAAUGAAUGCAGAAAUGUUCGAGGAUGGCUCAAACCACUGGGUGGCACCCCUUCCUUUCCGACCACAGCGCCAGCUUCUCUCCAACAACCGUGAGUAUGCCCUGUCUCGACUUUAUUCAUUGUAAAAAACUUUACAAAGAAAACCAAAGGUCAAAGAUCAGUUUCUUGAGUUUAUGGAAAAGAUCUUUGAGAACAAUCACGCAGAAGUUGCUCCACCACUGGGAGAAAAUGAGGAAUGCUGGUAUCUGCCGACUUUCGGAGUUUUUCACCCACAGAAACCAGAGAACAUACGUGUGGUGUUUGACUCUAGCGCAAAGCAUUCAGGUAUGUCUCUUAACAAUGCUCUCCUUAAAGGCCCAGAUCUCAACAACUCUCUUGUAGGGGUCUUAAUCCGUUUUCGCAAAGAGCAAGUGGCUGCAGUUGCAGAUAUUCAGCAGAUGUUCCACUGCUUCCUAGUUCGCAGUGAUCACCGAAACUACCUGAGAUUUUUGUGGCACAGAGACAAUGAUAUGUCCAAAGAGAUCAUUGACUAUAGAAUGCGAGUUCAUGUGUUCGGGAACAGCCCAUCUCCCUCUGUGGCCAUCUACGGACUCAGGAAAGCCAUCCAAGAAGGUGGACACAAAUACGGACAUUUUUAUGUUGAUGAUGGGCUCAUCAGUGUGCCUACAGACAAGGAAGCCAUCAGCCUCCUCAAGAGAACCCAAGCUUCCCUCAGCGACUCAAAUUUGAGGCUGCACAAGUUUGCAUCAAACAGUGACACUGUUUUGCAAGCAUUUGCACCAGAAGAUCGAGCAGUCCUCAAAGAUCUGGACCUCAGCGGAGAAGCUGCACCUGUGCAACGCAGCUUGGGUCUGCUGUGGGUAACUACUACAGACACUUUCACUUUCAAAGCAUCGGAAGACCGAAAACCUUUCACUCGCAGAGGGGUUUUGUCAACAGUGAACAGUGUUUUCGAUCCUCUAGGCAUGCUCGCUCCUGUAACCAUCGAAGGCAAACAUUUGUUGAGAGAGUUCUGUGCUGACAAGUUUGAAUGGGAUGCUCCCCUCCCAGAAGAAAAGCGCAAACGGUGGGAGUUAUGGAAAGACUCUUUGCACGAUUUUAAAAGGUUACAUAUUCCAAGACCAUAUGUUCCAAAAUCACUCUCCAAAGCCAAACAUAAGGAGUUGUGUGUGUUCUCCGACGCUUCUGUCAAAGCCAUUGGAGCUGUGGCGUAUCUCAGGACUGUUCAAGUUGAAGGAGAUGUAAAGGUAGGCUUCAUUCUCUGAAAGGCUAAACUAGCUCCGCUCUCUCGGCCUACUAUUCCCCGGCUGGAACUUUGUGCUGCAGUACUGGCCGUGGAAGUUGCUGACCUCAUCCAAGAGGAAUUGGAUCUAAAAUUGGACUCAGUAAAAUUCUUUUGUGACAGCAAAGUUGUGCUUGGAUAUAUUCACAAUCAGACCAAACGUUUCCAUAUCUACGUUCACAACCGUGUCCAGUGCAUUCAUCAUUCUACAAAACCAGACCAGUGGUUCUAUGUUUGCACACAAGACAACCCUGCGGACCAUGCAUCCAGGUCAGUUCAAGCAUCACACCUAACACACACAACAUGGUUCACUGGACCAGCUUUCCUGUACAAGUCAAAACUCUGUCCUGAAAACACAAAAGAGAUUUAUGAACUUGUGAAUCCAGAAACAGACACAGAAAUACACAGUGAAGUGAGCAGCUUUUUGACACAAAGUCAAGAAAAGGUUCUGGCCACACGCUUCCAACGGUUUUCAUCGAUGCAUUCACUUACCAGGGCAAUAGCAACUCUCAUCCACAUUGUCAAGACAUACAAACAAAACAACUUUGGCAAUUGCAAAGGAUGGCACCGCUGCAAGCUCCCACACACUCCUGAUGAGUUAAGUCAAGCUAAGCAUGUGAUAACCAAAGCAGCUCAGGAACAGUUCUGAGAUGACAGCUCUUAAAACGAUGCAAUCUGUGCCAAGAAACAGCGCACUUGUAAACCUGAAUCCCAUUCUGGAAGAGGACUUGAUUUGUGUUGGUGGUAGACUAAAAGGUUACUGCUGUCUUCCCUGGAAGAGAUGGCAGAGACAGAGAAGUGCAACUCAAAACAUCAGAACAGGGAACCUCAAAGACAUUUAAGAGACCUAUUUCAGAAAUAGUUCUUCUUUUGCCAGUAGAUUAGAAAUGCUAUGUUUUAUUUAAGUUAAGUAGUGACCUAAUUAGGUCAGACGGGGAGUGCUCUGCCUUUCAGGCACGUUUUCCAGAUAUGUUUUUGUAGAGACUUUUAUUUUGAAACCGCCGCUUUUAUUUUGGCGAAGGCACAUCAGCCGGACGUGCUGGAAUGCAAGCUAGCGGAGGAGAAAACGCUGGUUGAUGCUCAAAGCUGAUGUCUAGCCUGCUUUGCAUUCAAAACCCACAAACUUUUGGUUGAUUCCCUACAGAAGCAACACCUUUUUACUUUGUACUCCAGAUUACAAGAAUGUUAAUUAAACCAACUUCAAAGAG